UUGCUCUUCUUAGGAUUUUGCGUUCUACUCGGUAAGGAGCUGCCCUCGUCGAGGUUGAAGAAUGUCAAGUGGUGCUCUUGUGGCUCUUGUGUUUCCCUAACCAGUGUGCGAGAAAACUUCUGUUGUCGAGAGGCCCUAGAGGGAGAAAUCUUGCUGGUAAACUUGAGGGUCGAGAGAAAGAAGAAUACUUCAAGUCUUGCUGGUGAACCUGAGGGUGCAUGCUGUACUGCGCCUACCGCGCUUUUGAAGCCUGGUGUUACGGACAUUGGGGUUUGGAAAGAGGGGUUUGGAAAGAGAUUCGAGCUCUCAGCUUGCGUAAGGGGAGCUAUAAUAAUUGCUUCCCCGUCAUCCUUCACAGGACGUGGCGAUUACAUUAGUGUUGUAGGACGCGACCGGAGAAAGUGUGGAGUUGGAAGAUGGUUGUUUGUAGUGAUUGUAGCAUGA